CAGACAGUUGAGCUGUGAUCCUCCCUGACUCUGGAUCUCUCUCUGCAACAUUUACAACAAAAGCUGCAGACUCAGUGCUUUCUCCUGGAUUUUUUUGUUUUACGUUGUGAUGGAGAAGUACGAGAAGAUAGCGAAGAUCGGGGAGGGUUCGUACGGCGUUGUGUUCAAGUGCAGGAACAAAGACACGGGACAGAUCGUCGCCAUCAAGAAGUUUGUGGAGUCUGAAGACGAUCCCAUCAUCAAGAAGAUCGCUCUGCGGGAGAUCAGGAUGCUCAAGCAACUGAAGCACGCUAACCUGGUGAACCUGAUGGAGGUGUUUCGGAGGAAGAGGAAACUGCACCUGGUGUUCGAGUACUGCGACCACACGGUGCUGCACGAGCUCGACCGACACCCCCGAGGAGUUCCCGAGCAUCUUGUGAAGAGUAUAACGUGGCAGACUCUAAAAGCUGUAAACUUCUGUCACAAACAGAACUGCAUCCACAGAGACGUGAAGCCGGAGAACAUCCUGAUCACCAAACAGCAGGUCAUCAAACUCUGCGACUUCGGAUUCGCCCGGAUACUCACGGGCCCCUGUGAUUACUACACUGACUACGUGGCGACGCGCUGGUAUCGGGCCCCCGAGCUGCUGGUGGGCGACACGCAGUACGGCCCCCCGGUGGACGUGUGGGCGGUUGGCUGUGUGUUCGCUGAGCUGCUGUCGGGGGUCCCACUGUGGCCCGGAAAGUCUGACAUGGACCAGCUGUACCUGAUCCGCAGAACCCUCGGAGAUCUGACCCCCCGACAUCAGCAGGUGUUCAGCAGCAACCAGUUCUUCUGCGGGGUCUCCAUCCCCGAGCCCCAGCAGAAGGAGCCUCUGGAGCAGAAAUACCCAAACGUCUCUCACCAGGCUCUGAGUCUCAUGAAGGGUUGCCUGAGGAUGGACCCCUCGGAGCGCCUGUCCUGUGAGACGCUGCUGCAGCAUCCGUACUUCGACAGCCUGCAGGAGAAGAGCAGCUCGUCUCAGGACCGAUCGGGGAACAGGAGGACCAGACUGACCCGAAAACACCUCCCUCCUGGGUAUCUGCCUCAGCUGACGAGCAGCAGCAUCUUCCCGUCGCUGGAUAAUAAAAAAUACAACAACAACCUGCGCCGGUUCAACUACCACCUGCCCAACAUCUGAGCAAAUAUCUAAACAUUUUUAAUUAACGAGAGGAUUCACACAUUUUAUAAUGUUAUGAUCCUGAUGUCACUCUAUGCACUAUUUGCCGACACGUGCACUCAGUGGGUGUUUCUCAAUGUCGAGGAC